AUGUCAGGGAUAGCUACAGGAAGGUUAACGGAAGAACGAAAAGCUUGGCGAAAAGACCAUCCAUUUGGAUUUAUCGCAAAACCAGUUCAAAACCCCGAUGGUACGAGAAAUUUGUUUGUUUGGGAGUGUGCUAUACCCGGUAAGAAAGGAACAAUUUGGGAAGGUGGACUGUACAAGUUACGUAUGCAGUUUAAAGACGACUUUCCGUCCACGCCUCCAAAAUGCAAAUUUGAGCCUCCUCUCUUUCAUCCGAAUGUAUACCCCUCUGGCACUGUCUGCCUGUCAUUACUGGAUGAAAAUAAGGACUGGAAGCCGUCUAUAACGAUUAAACAGCUACUGAUUGGAAUUCAAGAUCUCCUUAACAGUCCUAACAUUGAAGAUCCUGCUCAGGCUGAUGCCUAUCAGAUAUACUGUCAAAACAGGGUUGAAUAUGAAAAGAGGGUUAGGCGCCAGGCACAACAGUUUGCUGCAGAAAUUGUCCAAAAACAAAUGAUUGAUCAUUAA